CACUGAUAGGUAGCACUGACUGACAUCACUGCUGGGCACUGACUGGCGGCACUGCUGGGCACUGACUGGCAGCACCGCUGGGCACUGACUGGUGGCACUCACUGGCAGCACUGCUGGGCUGCACUGAUGGGCACUGGUGGGUGGCACUGGUGAUCACAGGUGGGUGGGCACAGGUGGGUGGCACUACUGGGCACAGGUAGGUGGCACUUCUGGGCACAGAUGGUGACACUGCUGGGUGGCACAGGUGGGCGCACUGCUGGGCACAGGUGGGUGCAUUGCUGGGCACAGGUGGGCGCACUGCUGGGCACAGGUGGGUGCACUGCUGGGCACAGGUGGGUGCAUUGCUGGGCACAGGUGGGCGGAACUUGUGUGUGGCACUGCUGGGCACCGAUCAUCAGGGCACUGGUGAUCAGUGACCCUGAUGGAUCUGACAGCGUGAGGAAAGUGCAGCCAAGAACCGGCAUUUGCAUUUUCCCGGUGAUCAGCGUGUCAUUGGACACGGCUGAUCAC